ACAUUUAUUGCGUUUAAUUUCAUGUUAUUGUGAUUGUAAAUUUGACAUAUUUAUAUACAUAAAAAAGCAACAAAUAAUUAUUUACAUAAACUUCGCUUUUCUUCAAAAACUAUGACUCCAAAGAAAAAGGUAGCUAGUGGAAGUUCGGAUUCUAGCACUGGUUCUAGCUCUAGUAGUGGUUCAUCUAGUGGAUCUUCUAGUAGUGGGUCAGAUUCAUCUUCUUCUAGCGAUUCUGAAAGUUCUAGUUCCCCAGAUGAUACAACGCCAGCUAAAGAAACAACAAAACCUCAACCAGAACAGAAAAAAACACAAUCAUUACGACCAACUCAAAGGAAAAGUACAGAUUCAAUAUCUAAAAAAGAAAAUACAACAGCUAAAACAGACGAAAAAGAAAAAGUACCACCUAACAAAGCUAAGCAAACAAAUAUUACAAAUGCAAAAACUACAAAACCAAAACCAAAUACACUCGAUUCUUCUGAAGAUGAAUCACCGCCAAAAAUUAAUACAACCUUAAAUAAAACAGCUCCUAAACGAAAAGCACCUGCGAAACCUAAAAGUUCAGCUACUGUUACACCUAAAGCUCUACCAGCAAAAACUGCACCACCACCAGCGAAAGCAGCUCCGAAAGCUGUUGUAACACCCAAAACUAACCCUGUUAAAGCGCCACCCAAAUCCAAUGAAAAAGUAUCAAAACCACAACAAAAUGACGUUAAGAAAAGCAAGAAAAAAAGUAUUUUCUCACCUGAAAAUAGUUCUGAAAGUGAUACACCACCAGUUAAUUCAAAAUUAACAGCAAUGAAAACGCAAGCAAAAGUUGUACCCGCACAGCAAAAACCUCGACAAAAAGUUUCACCUCGACCCAGCAUUGAUAAACCAACGAAAACGAUCGAAAAACCGAAACCAGUAGUAAAAGAAGAAGUUAAAAAACCGGUUCCACAGCCUGUAAAGCAAAAUAAAUCAAGCGUUAGUUCUGAAAGUUCUUUGACAAGUGACUCUAGUGAUUCAAGCAGUAGUUCUGAUAGUGAAUCAAGUGCAGAUUCUGCCGUAACAUCUAAACCUACACGAAAAGCAUCUCCGUUAAAGAAAGUUACACAGCGAAAUAUAGCAUCAUCAAAACAUGCGGCGAAAGAAAAUAAUGUCUCAGAUACUGAUGGAGAAGCCAGUCAAACCGUACCGAACAAACCAAAAACGGUCACGCGAAAAUUAACAAGAUCAGCUAGUGCUAGAAAAUCAAAACAUUUGAUUGGAAAAUCAUCAAUGUUUACAGAUACAGAUUCUGAUACGGAGAGUACGAAACGAUCGGUAACAAAAAGUCCGGUAAAACGAGCACCAGCAAAAGGAAAAGUAAAAAAUUCAAAACGAAAUGAUACAAAAGCUAAACCAGCGGAAUCUGCAAUAAUAGUUGAAGAGCGAAAAUGUCCUAUUGAUGGUUGUGAUAGUAUGGGUCAUUUAAGUGGAAAACAUGAAAAACAUUUUACUGUAGAAGCCUGUCCUCUAUUUCAUAACACAACACCACAAAAAUGUAAAGAAGCUUAUAAUGAAAGAAAAAAACAUGAAGAGGAAAGAAAAAAAGCUCUUGAUGCUUACAAAAAAUCACCACGUCUUCAACAAACAAUUGAACAAAAACAGUAUUUACAAAAAAUUAAAGAUGCUCGAAUGAAAUUUAAAACAGAAAACGAUGAAGAUAUCAAAGUUGUAACUGCCGAAAAAAAUAAAGAACCAGAUCUCGGAAACGUUGUACCUGAAUAUGAUUUAAAACUAUUUCGUGAAGCUCAAGCCAUUGCUAGUGAUAAAAUUGAAGAGGAAUUAAAAACAUUGCCAUAUACAAAAGGUACAAAAUAUAUUGAAAUGGGUAAAUUUGAAAUGGAAGUAUGGUAUCAAAGUCCAUAUCCCGAAGAUUACGCUAGACUUCCAAAAUUAUAUUUGUGUGAAUAUUGUUUAAGAUAUAUGAAAUCGCGGACGAUUUUACAACGGCAUGUUGUGAAGUGUGUUUGGCGGCAUCCUCCCGGUGAGGAAGUUUAUCGUAAAGAUAAGAUCUGUGUUUGGGAAGUUGAUGGAAAAAAGUAUAAACUUUAUUGUCAGAAUUUAUGUUUGCUUGCAAAAUUCUUCUUAGACCAUAAAACUUUGUAUUAUGAUGUUGAACCGUUUUUGUUUUAUGUUAUGACUAUAAUGGAUAAUGAAGGUUGCCAUACAGUUGGAUACUUCAGUAAAGAAAAAAAUUCAUUUUUGAAUUAUAAUGUAUCCUGCAUCUUGACACUACCACCAUAUCAACGACAAGGAUAUGGCCGUUUGCUAAUCGAUUUUAGUUAUUUACUGACACGAGUUGAAGGAAAAAUUGGAUCUCCGGAAAAACCAUUAUCAGAUUUGGGUUUAAUAUCAUAUCGAUCUUAUUGGAAAGAUGUGCUCCUUGCAUAUUUAUGUGCAAGACCAGGUACACAAUUAUCGAUAAAAGAUAUUAGUCAAGAGAUGGCUAUUAAUUCUUAUGAUAUUGUGUCUACAUUACAAGCCUUAGGCAUGAUGAAAUAUUGGAAAGGAAAACAUAUAAUCUUGAAAAAACAGGACGUUCUUGAUGAAUAUGUGGAACGAAUGAAACGCAGAGGUCCAUUAGUGAAAGAUGUUGAUCCAAGUUGCUUGAAGUGGAAACCUUUUGUAGCACCACAACCAACAACUGCAUAACAAAUUGAUAUUUUAGGUAUUAAAGAAAUAAAGGUAUUCUAGUUAAUAAUUAAAAACAAUAGAAUUUCGAUCAAUCGAACGGGUUUUAGUACAAAAUUUGUUUGAGGCUUACGUCAAACACUCUAAAUUAAGGUAUCUUUGCUGACGACUCUGUGAGAGUAUCUAAUAGCAAUAGUUAAACAAAAUCAUUAGUAGCAAAAAUAGUAAGAUGCUUAUCAUAGCAAAAGCUGGUAAAGAAUGCUGUUGUGCUUAUAAAAUUAUUUUGCAAUUUUGCAACUAUUUAUUUGAUUUUC